UAUCACUAUCUUCAUAUUCUUCACACAACACAUCAAAAGCUUGAUAAAGAGAGAGUUUUUAGGGUUUUCUUGUACCUAUUAUAAGAAAUACUCUAACUGAAACUUUACUUCUUCAUCAAUGGCUUAUUCUAAGGUUGCCCUUCUCCUCGUCUUCAAUGUCAUCUUCUUCACUUUCGUCAGCUCGACUUCGGUCCCUUGUCCACCACCACCGCCCAAGAGCUACCACAAGAAGCCCGCAACGCCAUCUCUUAAACCCACUUGUAAAGACGCUCUUAAACUUAAGGUAUGUGCUAACGUGUUGGAUGUGGUUAAGGUUUCUCUACCACCAACGUCCAACUGUUGCGCUCUUAUCAAAGGUCUAGUUGAUCUUGAAGCCGCGGUCUGUCUUUGCACUGCCCUAAAGGCUAAUGUUCUUGGUAUCAACCUUAAUGUUCCCAUUUCUUUGAACGUUGUCCUAAACCAUUGUGGUAAGAAGGUUCCAUCUGGUUUCAAAUGUGCCUAGAGAUUACACAUUUUAAAUUGAGGUUCUAUAUACCAUAUUUCAUUCUUGUUUUUCAAAUUCCGCGUUUGAUGAUAUCUUUAUCUAUUGUUGUAAUUUGUUAUAUGUUUCAUAUAUCAAUGAAAUAAAGUGUUUCCUUUUUCG